AUAAUUGUUUCUCCAAUAUUGCUUUCUUUGCUAGGUCAGACUUGUGUUGAUAUCAAGGACAAUAUUGUGGAUGAGGGCUACUACUUCACUCCUAAAGGGGAUGAUCCAUGUCUGAGCUGCACUUGCCACAAUGGAGAACCUGAAAUGUGCGUAGCUGCUCUAUGUGAGAAACCACAGGAAUGCCAGCAAUAUCGCAAGGAUCCCAAAGAAUGCUGCAAAUUCACUUGUCUUGACCCAGACGGAAGCAGUCUUUUUGAUUCAAUGGCCAGCGGUAUGCGUCUGAUUGUGAGCUGUAUCUCCUCUUUCCUCAUCCUCUCUCUGCUGCUUUUUAUGGUUCAUCGGCUGCGUCAGAGAAGAAGGGAACGCAUUGAAUCUUUAAUUGGGGCCAACUUGCAUCACUUUAACCUGGGUCGCAGAAUGCCUGGUUUUGAUUAUGGACCUGAUGGUUUUGGUACUGGGCUUACCCCCCUUCACCUGUCUGAUGAUGGAGAAGGUGGAGCGUUCCACUUCCAUGAACCUCCUCCACCUUAUACAGCCUACAAAUACUCUGAUAUCCAGCACCCUGAUGAUCCUCCACCACCAUAUGAAGCAUCAAUAUGUCCAGACAUCAUACUGUGCUCAACAACAGAUCAAGUGACUCGUCAGUCUACUGUUUUGGGUCAGCUCUCAACUGCUAGCAGCAGCAAUGCCUCUUCACCUCAAACUACAGAAGAACCACUGCCACCAGCAGGCCUGCAACUACCGCAACCACAAGAAGAAGCAGAAGAUGCUGAAGGUAGAAGCAGUUCACUCCUUGUGGCCCCCAGUAUUUUGCAAAAUGAAGCCUUCUCCAGCCCCGGUCAAACAGAGCCCUCACCCAGUAACUGUUCUUUGAACACUGUUGUUUGA